AGUCAAAAUACCAGGCUAUACGGGUCACAUACUUUCACUAGAUUGAAGGCGUAUGCACACACACUCACACCCACCCACCCGAACGAGAGUCCAGCAGAACAAACCAACAACAAACAAAAAUAAAAUUGAAUUAAAUUCACCAAACUAAACGAGAAAAAAAAAGAAAAACAAAACGACAACAACCUCAAACGAAGAGCAAAGCAGAGCUAACGAAAAGAUAUCAAAAAAGGAAUAACUAAUAAGAAAGAAAAAAAGUGCAUAAAAAUCAUCGCCCCCAGCCGCAGUGAAUGAAUUACAGUGAACAGUGACCGGUGACCGCGAUAGUGUGUGUGUGUGUAUCGGUCGGUCUGGCUGUGUAUCCAAAGAAUAUGAAUUAAAUUUUGUACUGAUUUAAUAAAGAGAUCUACUAACCAGCAGAAAAGCAGCCAGCCAGCCACAGCAUCAUCGGCAACUACAACGUAGCUGCAUCAGCUAUAGCAACAACAACAACAACAUCUGCGACGUAACGUAUAUGAAAUUGUCUGAAAAUCAAAUAAAUUUCCUCUCCUCACCUCGUCUUGCAACUGAAGGAGAUUAUCCAUCCAUUCAGCCAUUCAUGGACUAACUUACAAAGUGUUUUGGAUUUCAAUUAAAGCAGCCGGAAAGCAUUCAAAGGCAGCCGAAGAAGACGAGAAAAAAUCUCGCUUAAAACGAUUUUAAUGUGAAACAUCAAUAAUGCCUUGCAUGUUGCCAAAAACAAGGAGGACAAAAUGGCUUCAACUAUUCACCACCAUAAGCGUCUUGUUGAUCUCCCUACACCCGCACCGCACACUGGCCAUACCGGCUGCCACAAACUCCCUGCUGCUCAACUCGCCAGCUAGCCAGAAUAGUAACAACAAUCCAUUGGUCCUGCUCAGCAGCAGCAGCAGUGGCGUCGGCGGCAGUGGCAACAUCAACAACCUAAACAUGAACAUGAACAACAAUCCUAAUAACAAUAAUAAUCACAACACCAACAACAUUAAUAUCCUCAAUAGCAAUAACAACAAUAACGAUAACAUCAAUGGCAAUAUUGGCAAUGUUUUAAAUGUCAACAAUCAAGGAGCCAUUAAUUCCAAUCCGUUGGCCAAUAACAAUGGCAUGGCCAAUGCGAAUGUGGCAACGGGUGACAUUAAUAUGACCGGUGGUAAUGGCAAUUUGCCGGUUAUAUUGGUCAAUUCCGGUACGGGCGGUGUUGAUGUGAUGAAUGCCACCGGCCUGGGUAUGGCAGUGGGCGGCGGGAUGGUGGUAAAUGGUGUUGUGCCCGGCGGUAGUAUUGGUAAUAUUGUCGCCCUGCCAAAGGAGAAGAUAUACGAGAAAUGUACGGGCCCCGCCGAUCCGGGAUCAUGUAAGCAGUACACAUUCAAGUGGCGUUACGAAUCAACUACCAAUGAGUGUACCUCAUUCAUUUGGGGCGGUUGUGAGGGAAAUGCCCAGAAUCGUUUCAACAGCGAGGCGGAGUGUCUGUUUCAUUGUAUUGGAGCACCACAUACCCUACCGCCAUUCCUGCAGACAACAACUCGUGAGCCCAGCACCACCGAAUCAUCAUUGAUACCACCCUCGUAUACCCUUUCCCCCGCAUUUGGUGAUUCAGACACAAGUCCUGUGCCAUUCGAACAACGUGGCCCCGAAUUGACAUUUGCCGAGACGGGCCAAGAGAAAACCUUUGUCUUUGCCGAGAACAAUACUUUCAUACAAAUCGAUGGUGAUAUCAUACAAACAUUUCAAUUAAGAUUAUGUCGUGAGAUUUCAUUUCAAUUUCGUACCCGUCUGCCACAUGGUCUUCUCGUCUAUCACAAUGUAAAAAAUCCCGAUCGCAUCAAUUUGAAUCCGUAUGCUUUGUAUGUCAUCGUGGAGAAGGGACAGCUAAAAGUGGUCCAUGUCUUUGGCAAACAUUCGACAAGUGUGACGGUGGGUGAGGGCCUGAACCGGGAUGAGUGGCAUAGUGUAAUGGUACGCAUCGAUGUCCAUGGUGCCAGAUUAAUUGCACGAGUUGACAAUAAUCAGGAAGAAGUCUAUCUCAAAGGUCUGAAUCAUGAUACCAACUAUGGUGUAUCAACAAAUCUGCCAUCCGUUGUUCUAGUGGGAGGCCUCUCCUCCGAAGAGAAAUUGCACGGUGUGAAAUACAUCAUCGAAUCAUUUGUGGGCUGUAUACGCAAUGUGACACUGAGUUCGGGCAAAGCUGCGUCUGAUCUAUUGCCCAUAUCACCGUUGGUGGCCACCAAACAUGAAAACGUCAACGAAGGCUGUCCGGACAAAUGUCAUUCGCGUCACAAUUUAUGUUUCGUUGGAUCGCGAUGCAUUAAUCACUACUAUGGCAUAUCGUGUGAUUGUUUUGGUUCACACUACGAGGGCGAGCAUUGUGAUAUUUAUACUGCAACAAUAAUAACAUUACGUGGCUCCAGCUAUGUCUCAUAUCGCAUUUACGAUUGGAAGGAUCGCGUCCACUCGUCAACGACACGUAUCAGCCUGAUGUUUCGGACACAAUUCGACGAUUCCGCUCUGUUCUAUGCGAGCGGUGAGUCACUGAAGCAUCAGUACAUCGCCGCAUCCAUUAAAAAUCAGUCAAUUUAUGUUGAAAUGGAUUUCGGUGACAAUCCCAUGUCCACCGUACUGACGGACGAGCUGACACGUAAUAAUUGGCACAAUUUGACCAUCUCGCAUGAACAGCGUACGGUGCGCAUAAUACUCGACCAGCAGAUGAAGAUACUGGAGAUACCGUCGACGGUCAGUGGCAACCUGCUCUUCGAUCCGGAAAUUUAUUUUGGCGGCGGACCGGAUUUGCAUAAGAAGAAGGGUUUGGCAUCGCAUAAUAAUUUCGUCGGUUCGUUAAAGAAUGUCUACUACAACGAUGUGUCCAUUUUGUAUGAGCUGCAUCGUGGCAAUCCGAAAGUUCACUAUCAUGGUGUCCUGGAAGCGGAAUUUCAAGAAAACGAUGUGAAUGUCAUACCAAUAACGUAUCCUUUUGCGACGUCACACAUUUGGUGGCCCAUAAAUCAUGCCGAAGAAUUUAAUAUCAAGUUCGAUUUCCGCAGUAGCCGAACAUCGGCAAUACUGGCGUACAGCGAUGUGACAACCCAAGACGGAAAUGGUUUCUGGGAGAUUCGUUUGGCAGCCGAUAAACUCUGUUUUGACUUAGUACCCAAUGUCCAGAACAAUGUCACCCUGCCCAUUGUGGUCAAGAUAAAUCGUGCCACCUCUUGGCAUUCAGUCGAACUGGACUACAGAGAUGGCGAAAUUAAAUUUACCGUCGACUACCACCAUCAGCGCACCGAGAUGUAUGGCCUGACCUUUAACAUUGGUGACAAAUUGAUCAUCGGAAGCAGCUUGAAGUCGGCCGCAUCUGGUCUCGUCGGCUGCAUACGAGACAUCGAGAUUAACGGUCAUCUGAUAGAGCCCCGUCAUGUGGUCAAGACGGAGCGGGUGGUGGGCGAGGUGGCGCUGGACAACUGCCAGUACAUUGAUCCGUGUAAACGGCCCAACACUUGUGAGCAUGGUGGCAAGUGUUUCGUCAAGGAUGACCGAGUCACAUGCGACUGCAAGCACACCGGCUACAUUGGCAAGAACUGUCACUUCACCAAGUACCGUAAAACCUGCGAGGAACUAGCCCUGCUGGGCUACACCAAAUCGGAUGUCUAUCUAAUUGACAUCGAUGGCAAUGGGGUCUUUCCGCCGGCCCAUGUCAAAUGUGACUUCCAGAGCUUGGAGAACGCCACGAAAACAAUUGUCGAACACAACCUGCCCAGUCAAGUGGAUGUGCGUUCGUCGCGCGACUCCGACUUCAGCUUUAACAUACGCUAUCGUGAAUUCUCGCCGGAAAUGUUGCAGGAGCUGAUCUCUCAUUCGCUGUACUGUACGCAAUAUAUCAAAUAUGACUGUUACAAGGCACAGUUGGAGUUGCAUUCGGCAACCUGGUUUACGUCGUCGGCCAAAAAUCACACCGUCGAUUUUCUGGGCAAUGUUAAGAGAGGUGCAUGUCCGUGCUCUGUUAACAAAACAUGUGUGGAUCCCAAUCAAUCAUGCAACUGUGAUGUUAAGGAAAAUAAAUGGUAUUCGGAUGAGGGCUACUACCGGGAACCGCAUAGCUUAGGCAUUACACACAUGUACUUCCUGCAACAAAAGGAUUUGGACGACGAAGCUCAGGGCAGAAUAACAUUGGGGCCUUUGGAGUGUGUCGAGACAAAUACCCAACGCUAUGUGGUGACAUUUACCACCUCCCAAUCGUACAUCGAAGUACCUGGCUGGCGCAAAGGCGAUAUUGCCUUUUCGUUCCGUACCACAGGCGAAAAGGCCAUAUUAUUAUUCCAACCAGCCAUACGACCGUAUCAUCCCUCCUUUAUGGUCGCCCUGACCGGUGACUAUCAAUUGACAUUCAAUUUCACCCUGAGCACUGGAACCACCCGAGAGUUGGUAAUUAACUCGCAUCGCAAGUUAAAUGGCGGCGAAUGGCAUAAAAUAUGGAUUGACUAUAAUCAGUAUCAUGUCCGUUUCAUGAUAAAUACCGACUAUCAAAUGGUUGAUCUAUUGCCCGAAGAGGAAUUCGGUCCGUUCGAGGGCAGUAUGUAUAUUGGCGGAGCCACAGCUGACCUUUUGAAGAAACUUUCCGUUAAGGCUGGACUAAUUGGCUGUUUCCGUGGCCUCGUAGUCAAUGGCGAGAUUCUGGACAUUUACAGUUAUAUGUCGGUACAUUUGUCGGAAAUUAUCAAAGAUUGCAAGCCAUCCUGUGUGCCAAAUCCCUGUAAAAACGGAGCGGAAUGCAAAGAGCUCUGGAGCACAUUCAAGUGUGUGUGCAACAACACUUGGGCACACAUUGGAGAGUUCUGUGAGACCAAUAUUAAUGAAAAGGCACUUACAUUCAUUAACCGCGAAUCGUUCCUGAUGCGCAACUACUUGAGUGCCACAGCCCAGCCGGGCGAUGUGCAGGUCGGUUUCGUCGAUGAGGAAAGGGAAAUGCUUAAAGGUGUCUUAAACAAGGACAUACUCAUUAAUUUACGCACUUACGAUACCAAUUCCAUGGUUCUCUACGCCAACGAUCAUUAUAAUAAUUUCGUCCACUUGUACAUCACGGGCGGACGGGAGAUUGUCUUCCUCUAUAAUUACGGCGAUGAAAUUGUUAAUUUGACGAUAGUCGAUGAUAGCGUGAGCACGCUGAAGAGCAUCCAAGUGGCAAUUGUGCGACAGCCGGAACACACCGAGAUGCAUGUGAAUGGCAAGAGUGUAAUUAUCGAGAAGAGUACCCAGCUGCUGGAUGAGUAUUCAAAUAAACCGUGGAAGAAUCCUGAAAUGGAGGUCCUGUCACCACACCGUCCCCCCGCGCCACCCACCGAAUAUUUCCAGCUGAACAUUGGCGGCUAUGAUCCGUUGAAUUUGUUGCGCACCAAUUUGGAUGCACCCACAUUGCAGGGUUACAUCGGCUGUGUACGUGGUUUGAAAAUUGGUGCCUAUCUGGUCGAUUUGGCGGAUAUCAAUGAGAGGAACAUUGCUCCAACAACCGAUGGCGUUCUACCAAACUGCCAAAUAAAAUGCGAUGCUGAGCCAUGUAAAAACGGUGGCAUUUGCCGUGAAAAUUUCGCCAAACAAGAAUCGAAAUGUGACUGUGAACACACCAGCUUUUUGGGUGAAUUCUGUAUGGAGGAGAAGGGUGCCGACUUCAGUGGCGAAUCGACGCUGCAAAGGAAAUUCGAAUUGAACGGCAAAGUCGACUAUGUCCGUCUGCAGUUGGCAUUUUCUUCGUUGGACUUGCGUCGGGCCAAUCGUGUCAUGCUGCUAUUGCAGACGGCGGCUGACCGCAGCUACUAUCUUAUGAUAGCCAUAACAGCUGAUGGUUAUUUGCUGUUCGAGGAAGACCGCGAAGGUCCGGCUGUGGGGGCACGCAUCGAUCGGAAUUUCCUCAACAACGCCCGACACUCGAUAUACUAUCAGCGUAAUCAAAGCGAGGCGACGCUCUAUAUUGACCGCGAACCGGUGCCAUUGGCACCCAUCAGUGCGAGGGCAUUAACACCGUCCGCUGAUAUGGGUGCUAAUCGUGUACAAAUCGGUGGUAUUAAUACCACAGAUACACGUUUUGCCGUAUUUAAGAGUUACAGUGGAUGUUUGUCAAACAUUUACAUACAAGUAAACAAAUAUAUAAUGAAACCACUGGAGGAGUAUAUGCUAUUUACCAAGUCUGGGGCAGACAAUAUAACCGUCAUCAACCCACAGGGAGUGCGUAGUGCACAAUGCGUUGCCAAAUUCGAUAUAAGUGAACAGCCAUCGCAGGAGCCAAUGGUCAAUGUCAGUAUGAGUGCCGAUAAUUGGGUGGAGGAGCCACCACAGCGUGUACCGUACGUUGCCAAAUAUGUCUACGAUGUCUCAACGAAGGAGGAUUCCACACAAGUGGUUUUCAUAACGCUCACCUCUUUGUUUGUCAUCAUUGUCAUUUGCUGUCUCAUUGAGGUCUACCGCAGUCAUUUAGCCUACAAAAGACGCAUCGAACGUGAAACGGAUGAAGACAUUAUCUGGUCGAAGGAGCAGGCAACCAAGAUGCACGAGAGUCCCGGUGUGGGUGGUCAGCCGUAUGUUUACAAGGCCCUGCCGGUCGAUGAUAAGAAACCAGGUAAUGGUGCACCGCUGGUGGGUAUCUUGAAGAAUGGCAGUAUCAAGAGGAAUGGUGAUCUGGCCUUACCUCAACUAGAGACACGUAUCGUCGAAGAAGAUGAAGAAGAAGCGGAGGCUGAGGCCGAAGCCGACAAGGAACAAGAAAAGCAGGAAACAAAAAUUGAAAUAAACGAGAACACAAAUACCAAAGAAAACAAUGAGGAGGAUAAAAAAGCAACAGCAGAUGGACCCAGUGGAAGUCCACAGGCAUCAAACCAGCCCACCGUCACAACCAAAGAUGUAGGAAAUAAUGAAAAACAAAAGGAAACAGAAAAAGCAGAAGAUCUCCCCAAAAGCACAACUCCCACAACCACAAGUUCCACCCCAACCACUACAUCCUCACAACCCGAGGAUAAAUUAGAUAAUAAAUCUACAACGAAGGAUGCGGAUAACAAUAAACCCGCAAACGAAAGUCCAACUUCUCCCGACCGGACAACAUCACAGUCCACAACUCCCGCUGAACCCCUUCCAGAGAACGGUCUAAAGACUUCGUCGUCAUCGACGACUUUAGACCAGUCAACGAACAAAACUCCACCCAACACCGAUAGAGUCAAUCGUAAAGCAUCCGUUAAACGACAAGUAUCCUGGGGACCUCCAACGGUGGCGGAAGCCGAUGCUGGUACCGUUAAAGUAAAGAAAAUCUCAAAACCGAAUGGUUACUACAAUGCGACUGGUGCUCAUGUGAAAACGAAUUGAUUACUGGCAGCUAAAUGAAGUGAAGCUUCGGAAGUGGGCGAGGUGGAGGAGGAUGGUUGCAACGAACAAUUUCGAAACAGUAGCAUAUAAUCGUCCCCCGUAAUUCGCAACUUCAUUCCACACACUGACUGGCUGACUAGCUGACUGACCUUCCUCAAAGCAAUAUUAACAGCUUUAAUUUAAAACAAUUAAAACCAAACAACAGCAUGGCAACAAAAUUCCUCAACAUUUUUAAUUAAACGAAAAAAAAGAGUGCAGAAGAAGAAAACUUUUCAAGUGAGGACAGCGCUCUUUUCAAUUUUCACUUGAAACAUUGGGCAAUAACCAGAAGAAAAAAAAACAACAAACAGACCAAUAAUGAAAAGCAUCCAAAACGGAAACGGAAACAACACGGUCACACCAACCAAGAUUAGCAACAAGCAAUUAAACAACAAAGAUUUGAUUUUAUUUUUAAUUUUUUUUUCUGUGUUUGUAAAUAAAUGAAGUGCUCAUUCCCAAGCUCAA